AAGUCCACGGCUUGUUAUCUUCUUACAAGAGACAAUAAUAGCUUAUCUACUAAUAGAUUAUCACGAGUUAUUCAAACAUCAAAAAAAUGAUGAAUUGUUUCCUUUUCUUUGCGUAAACUUUUUCUUGAAAUUAGAAAUAUAUGUACUUGUUGAUAGUUCGUGUUACUUCUUCUUAAAAUCCUUAAAUUGAAAAACAAUACAAAAGAGUUAAGGCAAAAGCUUCGGGUACUUUAAGAUAGGUAACGAAAUCUAAUGGCAACAUAGUCUAUUAAAUGGCUUAAAACAGUUUCGUUUUCCGUAUACAACGCAAGUAAAGAAGCAUAGGGACAUUAAAUAAUAUAUGAUUUUUAUUCAUUUUUCUAAUCAACUCUAAUCACUCCUAACCACUCCUAAUCGUUCCUAAUCACUCCUAAUCACUCCUAAUCAUUACUAAUCACUCCUAAUCAAUAAUAAUCACUGCUAAUCACUGCUAAUCACUUAAAAUCAUAUCUAAUCAAAUAAUCAGCUGUUUCCCCCUUGUGACCAUUACACAUUGAAAAAUAAUCUUUUUUAUUUGUUAUGAUCUGUUGAAGCGAUAAGAAUUUUACUGUAGGUAUAAAAAACAUUGAAGGAUCUUUCGGAUCUCCUAGGUAAUUUACUCACGUUAAAAAGAUAGAGUCAAGAAGUUGUUUUUAAAAUUAUUUUCCAUGAUACUCUUAGGGGUAGUGACUCGUCUUGACCUUUUUUCAAAAAAUGUCUUAAUUGAAGAAGAUAAUUAUAUUCAUAAUAAAAGUUUAGCUGUUCAGGAGAAUGACCAACAUGAAGUGUUUUCGUUUGAAAUAUAAAAAUCAAAUUGAUUAUGUCACCCGAAAUAGUCAACUGAUGUUAGAGACGUCAACGAGUUGAAGCUAGGGGACUAAAACAGUUAUAGGUAAAAUAUUUUUUCUCUAUAUCGGUAGAUAGACUCAAUAUGAUGUAAGAGAUUGAAAGUCCUCGUUUUGUUGUACAGUGAUAUACCGUUAAUAGCAUUUCGGAUAAUGAAAAACUCAGCAAAAAGAGUUUCCUAGGAAAUGGAACGUUUAUUUUCAAUGUGCGAAGUAUUUCUGAUCGUUUACUCUUUUGUCAACACGAGACAAUACAUAGAAAUAGUAUCAUAGGUGUUGGGCAUAAAGACAAGUUGAAUAUAUUUUAUUUGAUAAGGCUAAGCAUACCAUCAAGUAUCAAAGCACCUUUUCUAACCAAUCUUUUUGUAAGAUUGAACUCUAAGCCAAUUGUACAGAAAUGUACAGUAACUUUGCUCUAUCAUUUGAAUCUGAUCAAUAUAAGAUUUCAAGGUAUUAUCCGACGAAAUUGUCUAUAUAAGUCAAGAAUUUCGACCUCUAGAGAACAAACGGAUUUCAUCUUGAUUGCUUGGAAAAUGAUCGUGUCUGGUCUUCGAAGACUAGAAAUGAAUGGAAUCGUAAGGCAGUGUUGUGAAUCAGAGUGUUCUAGAAUGUUUCUGGUUUUUCUAGAUUGAGAAAUAUCGGCAAUCUGAUUGUAAGGCACAAUUAAAAGGUAGAGCGCGUUCCGUCGUGAAUAAUUGCUUCGACGUGCCAUCUAUUUCAAUUUUUUUUCUAAUUAGGAGUCGAUCCAUAUGCAUUGAUCUAACGAGGGAAGUACCCGAAGUGAUUAACCGCUUUUGAGCUCAUAUUUUGGGUGUAUAGAAGAGACCUCUAGACUAGAAUAAUCCUAAAAGGAUUCGGGCCCAUAGGCCUUCUCUACAGAGUUAUAGCCAUUUUACUUGAGUUUUAGCCUAUGGCAUGGUAUGUACAAAGAAAUCGACAGACGGUAUUUCGACUUGAAAUUUUGUCCACCGAUAGGUCUACUUGUAAUUAGAAUGCUCUGAAAAUUUCAACUCAAAAGAAUGUUUUUUUCGCAAGAUACUGAAUGUCGAGAAAACAUGAGAUUCUCGCAUGUUUUAUGGGAUUUGAGUGAUUUUUGAGAAUUCAAUAUCUUGCGAAAGAAACAUUCUUUUGAGUUGAAAUUUUCAGGGUAUUCUAAUUACAAGUAGACCUAUCGGUGGACAAAAUUUCAAAUCGAAAUACCGUCCAUCGAUUUCUUUGUACAUACCAUGCCAUAGGCUAAAACUCAAGUAAAAUGGCUAUAACUCUGUAGAGAAGGCCUAUGGGCCCGAAUCCUUUUAGGAUUAUUCUAGUCUAGAGGUCUCUUCUAUACACCCAAAAUAUGAGCUCAAAAGCGGUUAAUCACUUCGGGUACCUCCCUCGUAAGUUGUAUUUAUUUAUGUAAAUCAAUAAAUCAAUGAUCGAUAAAAGAUUAUGACAGUUAAAAUUCUUAUUGAUUGAAGAUAGUAAACGAAUAUACAUAGAUUGAUAAAUUGAUCUAUUGUUUGAGUUUCAAUCAUUUUUCGAAGAUAUCCAAUCGAACUAUACCUUUAGACAAUAAAUCAUUAUUUUCUCAAUUAACAUCUCUAAAUAGUCUGUUUAUUCAGAAAAAAAAUCGUGACAGAUAUUUUGUUAUAAUGAUAAAUAAUUUCUAAAAUGGGGAUUCCCACUGAAGAUAGUCAUCUAUGGUAGUGUUAGUUUUGUCCUUUUCUCAAUAAUGUAUUUUUUGUUGAUUGUUUUUAAUUAUGUUGAACUUAUUUUUUGUCUAUAUAGAAUUAUUUGAUGAGUUUGACAUUAAUUCAAUAAAGUCUUGUUGAAUUAAUGUGAAAUAUAUACUAAUUGAAAUGAAAUUCAUUCCAGAAGGCUUCGAUUAUAUAGUCACUAGAAAUAAAUUAUAAGGAAAGAGGCUAUGAAUAACCUGAAAAGAGUUCAGGUCCGUUAGAUAAUAGCAUAUAUUCAAAUGUUCGACUUCGAACGUUUCUAUAGAUAUUACGGCAUAUCGACAAUAAAACUUUUUCUCAGUCAAACUACGAAAAAAACUUCCCUUUCAUAUUUCUACCAUAUGAUAUAAUACCUUUCGUCUUUUUAUUUUUUUGAUAGAUGAAUUUUUGAAUUAAAACAGUUUUUUUAUGUUUCAUAAUAAAAUAUUAGCAACCUUUUAUUGAAAGGUUUUUUUUUCCUUAUUUAGAUUAAAAACGUCGUGGUGCAUCUGUAGGUGGAUUUGUUGCAUAAACAAAUCGAAUAUUAACAGAAUUCUAUUAGCGUGUUAUUUAUAGAGGUAGAGCAGAAGAACGUUCUGGAUGGUUUAUCUGCUUACAUGAAAUGGUAUUACGAUGAAAAAUUUCAAUAAAUAAACGUUCCGUUAUUAUUUUAUAAUUAUUUCGAUGCAUUAGAAUAAUAUUAUCAAUAUAAUAACUGUUUACCAGAAAACGAGUUACUUUUUAAAUAUGAUUUAAAUGAAUAAAAAAAUCUCUAUAUAUAUUUAUUAUUGAUUAAAUUAGUUGUUCUUUAUCUAGAUGGUGUUAGUGAUAGUCAAUUAUCAAUUGUCGCUGAACAUGAAUUAGCACAAAUAUUCGAAACAGUUCCAAAGAUAAAGACUUGUUAUGAACUAAAACUAGCUGUCGUUAUUGAAAAUCAAGGUUCAAGUGGUCAACGACGUGGUGAUGGAACAGGAGAUAAAGAAGUCCUGAACACAGCUAAUAAAUUAGCAGAAGUUUUACCAUAUAGACAUUGUCAUUUGAAACAAUUACGUUUUGAACGUAUUAAAGAUAAUUUAUUAUUAGAAGAAGAAUUUAUUAAAAAUCAAGAACGUUUAAAACCACAAGAAGAUCGUCAUGAAGCAUAA